GCCGCUGGGCGGCGGGCCCUCCCCGGCCAUGGCGGGCGAGCUGGAGGGCGCCAAGUCCCUGAGCGGGCUGCUGAGCGGCCUGGCGCAGAGCGCUUUCCACGGCCACGCGGGCAUCACCGAGGAGCUGCUGCACGGCCAGCUCUACCCGGAAGUGCCCCCGGAGGAGUUCCGCCCCUUCCUGGCGAAGAUGAGGGGGAUUCUUAAGUCUAUUGCAUCUGCAGACAUGGAUUUCAACCAGUUAGAGGCAUUCUUGACUGCUCAGACCAAAAAGCAAGGUGGCAUCACCUGUGAUCAAGCUGCAGUCAUUUCCAAGUUUUGGAAGAGCCAUAAGACAAGAAUCCGAGAGAGCCUCCUGAACCAGAGCCGCUGGGACAACGGACUGCGGGGCCUGAGCUGGAGAGUUGACGGCAAGUCUCAGUCAAGGCACUCGGCUCAAAUAGACACCCCUGUUGCCAUUGUAGAGCUAGAGUUUGGGAAAAGUGGACAGGAGUCUGAAUUUCUGUGUCUGGAGUUUGAUGAGGUUAAGGUCAAGCAAACCCUGAAGAGACUGUCCGAGGUGGAAGAGAGCAUCAACUCGCUGAUGCAAGCAGCCUGACUGAGGCGCGACAGGACGGGGGUGAAAUGAAGCUGUGAACCUCGCCACUGACCCUGAAACUCCUGUUUCCCCAUUGGUGUCACCAAAAGACAUUGCACACAAGUGUGAAAGCCUCAGUGAAUAAAAAAUACAUUUUAAAAGGUGA